GUGGCAUAAAACAUUGAUAGUUAAGUUUAUAAAGCCUUCACUGACGCACGCGACGGUAAGGCAGGCUUCAACAAGUGGAAAUUAUUCUUUAUUCUUGGUGAUUUACUUGUGUUUUAUUUAUUUUACACUAGUCUUUGUGAACAAAAUAUUAAAUACACGGUAGUAUGAAGCAAUUAAGUGCGGUAUUGUUUGUGGUGCUUAUAUCACAUGCUUAUGGGGCCCCACAAUUCAUAACUUUCAAAGAUGGAAAAUUAGGAGUUAAUUUUGGAGGCUAUCACGCUGGCGUGGGUAUCGGUGGUUUGCUUGGAAAUGGAGCUGCGGGCGGCUUAUAUGCUGAGGCUGGCACACCGCAUGGACAAUCUGCAAGAGCUGGCUUAGGUGGUUCAGUAAGUGAAAAUGGAGGAACAUCAGGUGGGCUUUACGCUGGAGCGACUGCUGGAGGUAAUAUUAAGGCAUCAGCGGGUCUUGGAGGUAGUUUAACGGAUCAACAUUCUACUGGAGGCGGCUUCGCUUCAGCCCAAGCUGGAAAUAACAUCGCUUCAACUGGAUUGGGAGGAGCUACUGUUGGCGGAUCAUCUGGAAUUCAAGUUACUGAAGUUAAAAACGUCAACGUUAUACCAGAAUCUGAUAGAAUUGAAGCUGAAGUAAACAUUAAUGAAAUUAAUGAAGUACAACCGAUUUCACAAGUAGAAAUUCACAAGACAAUUAUCAAGGAGAGGUCGCACCUUCCUCCACCUCCGCCACCACCUCCACAUCACACUAUUAUUGAUGAAGUACACAUAGAAAAACAUCCGCAUUUAUUUGAGAAAGAAAUAGUCCAUGCACAUUAUAAGCCACGCAAAUCACACUUUAGGAAAACGGCCUUCCUUGGUGGAUACGUGGGAGGUCAAGGAGAUAUCGUAGGACCACCGGCAGCACCAGCAGUUGAAGAGAGGGUAGAUGUCAACGUAGAAAAAAAUGUGGGUCACAAUUCAGAUAUUGGAGCCGGUGCCAGUACUGUUUAUACAAAACAGGUUUCCAUUCAAAGAAAUCCUUCAUUCUUCGAAGACAUUUUCAAUAUUCCAAUUUCAACUCUUAAAGCAGUUGGAAGUUUCCUUGGAAAUACUGCAGGGAACACCAAUAUUUCAGUACAUAAAUCGGUUCACGCAGAUGAUUCUGAAAGAACCCAAGAUCCAUCUGCUUCAUCCUCAUCAUCAUCAUCAACUUCGCAAAUAUCAGUAGAAACGCCGAACGCUUCUAGCUUUAUCGAUGAUAUUUUCGCUAUUCCAAUCAGUACGCUUGGCGCAGUUAAUAGAUUUUUAGAAAAUAAUGUGGCGAGGAAAAAUGUACAGGUACAAGAAACAGAAGAAUAUACUGAGUCAAAGAGAGUACGCCGAGUGCCUCAUGGACGAAGGAGAGCAAACAGAAGAAUCAAUGUAGAGUAGACUGACAGAGCUGAUACCCAGUGAGGCUAAAAUAUAUCAGGGAUGAAAAUAAAUACAAAUUAUAUUAAAAUUUAAAUGUAAAUUAGUCUAUUCAGUGCAACAAUAAAAUAGCUAUAACUAAAUUACA